AUGACCGCCAUAAAGUCACCCGAAGGAUGUCAAUUACUAUGUACCAUUGACCUUGUCGGGAUUGCAAACAACAUUUAUAGUUACGAUGUUGAGCAGGCUGGUGGCUGGAAAAGUGUCGCUUGUAAUCUUGUUGAGGUUGUACUACGUGAAAGAGGAAGAGGCGUAGAGGAUGCAAUGGAUGUCAUGGGAAAGAUGUAUCGCGAUCUCUUCCUUUCCCUUAGCGAUGAUUACAAUGAUCUCCCGACCUUCAAAGAUGCCGAGCAGGAUCAGGUUCUCAAAGAAUACGCACUAGGCAUGUUGGAUUGGGUUAAGGCCAACGUGGAAUUUUCGCUUGGUGGUCAGAGAUACUUUGGAUUAGAAGCCGGCUCAGAAAGGACAAGGGUUGAACGUAUGGUCGAGCUCUUGCCACAGAGAGGAUAA